GCUACUCCUAAACUAACAGAAAGCUCUGGAUUUUUACCUUUUACUGUAAUGAUAUUGCAUCUGACAGGCAAAACUCUGGGAACAAUCACCACAAACAACUCAAUCCUAACAACCUGCAUCAACCCGCCAAAUUCUAAAGCUAAACACGGUGGCGUUAUGUCGGCUCUCUCUGCUAUAACUGUUUAAGUAUUACAGUAAACUGGCAAGUUAAGAUAUCCUCUCCUAUAUCAGCUCCUGAAAAUGGCGCUGUGGAGUGAAGUCGAACUUCUGACCAACGAAGAUACAAAUACAGUCCGUUUCGAUGGUGUGUCCCGGGAGGAAAACAGCAGUGGCCUGUAUCAGGUGGACACGUUGGUCAAAGUCUCCAGUGCUAAUGAGGUGCAGGCAGAUCCUAAUCUCACGUCCUCGAGCGGCUCAAACUGGAGUUUUAUUGUUGCUGACAGGACAGUCAUCCUGUUUGAUCAAAGCUAUCAGAGCAUCCUCCUGCUCCUUAACUUUGAAACUGAUGUGGACGCCAUUGACGUGUGCCUGAAGGGAAAGUUUCUGGUAGUUUGUGAAAGAAAUGGAAACCUUCAUUUGAUCUACGUUCCGCAAAAGAGGAUCCUCCUAACCCGGGCUUUGGUUGAGAAACCAAAUGGAGAUAAGAAAACCUACUGCUAUCUCAUUAUGGAUGAAGACAAGGCAUCCUCAGGAAUGUACCACAUGUUCCUUCUCAUUAAGGAUGGUUUUUUCCACAUUACAAACCUUUCCUUGGCAAAAAUUGAGUCAGCUAUUGAUAAAAUGGAUGUCGGAGCUCUAAAGGAGCUCCAGUCUUUGAUCAAGAUAGAUUUUUACUCCACCAAGGAUUACCAUGAGGAGGGUUGUAGCACAGCAGUGAUGUUCAGUCUGGGCCAUGAAGUCCACCUGAUGAUUGGGGGGGAUAAAGAAAAUGUUUUGACUCACUGGAGGAUGGACCCUCAUCAAGCUAAGAUGUGCUUUGCUCAGACCGUCGACAGGAGCUUAAUUCCGGGUGUAAGGAAGAUGGUGGUGGUGGAUAACCUUUUGUACAUCCUCGACACUGAGGAUGUUCUGAGUCUUUGGGAUCUGCACUUUCUUGUCAUGAUUCACUGUUGGCCAGAACUCGCCGUUCACGACUUUCAGCUCACUGCAGAAUGUGGCUCUGCCUCCAUGGUGGCCCAAGAUAAAGGCAGCAUGAAGAUGAUCAUGCUGACAAAGCAAGACAACAGUCAGAUCAGCUCACUGCAAAUACGAUUCCUGCCCUCUAUGACUGUUUGCUACUCUCUGGAUGUUUCCUUUGUCUCCUGUCUCGUCCACACAAAAAUAAACAUGGAUGCAUUUUAUUUAGUCGAGGGGAUUUGUGAGAACCCAGAGAGUCGAAGCGAGCCAGUCGCUUCUGUGGUUGUUCGAUCCUUCACAGAGGCUUUACCUGAAAACAGGCUGAGCAGGCUUCUUCACAAACACAUGUUUGAAGAGGCUGAAAAGUUUGCCAUCACAUUUGAGCUGGAUUUAGAGCUUGUCUAUAAGGUGAAGCUUGACUUUGUGCUGGAGCAGCUGGCCUCUGCAUCAGUGGGCGGUUAUGGAGAGGAUGUGUGGUCUGAUCUGGUCGAAGAAGCCAAGACAAACCUGAUGAAGAUCACAGAUGAGCAGUAUGUGGUGGAAUACUGCCUCAAGGCCCCAUGGCCGACCUUUGAGACAGCAGAGAAGAUGCUAAACCACGCUGCCACGCGAUACUCCUCUUUACAGAUCCAGGAGGCCUUGGCCAGACUGGCCACCUUCUGCAGCCUCCACAGUGUGGAAAAAUUCAAUGGAAUCGCCUGGAUUGAGUUUCUGAACAGCACUGAUGAUCUCGGAGACAUCCUGUGCCAUCUAAGAGAAGGAGACAUGAAGGGUGCACAGCUUCUUUGGCUCAGAUAUGAGGGCCAGAUUGCAACCAAGUUCGGUGAGAGCAGCCUUGAAGCCAUCCUCAGUGCCAUCCCAGAGGACCUGCCCUCACAGGAUCUCUGCCUGUGGUUCAAGACAGUUUUUGUUCCCUUUGUGAGGAGAGUGUUACCACAAGGACAGAGAAUCCUGGCAAAGUGGCUCGAGCAGAAAGCAAGAAAUCUGGAGCUAACAGAAAAGCGUGCUUGGCCUCAGAAUGGGUUGGACCUGGCUGUGCUUGGACUGCCCUCUUUAUGGACAUGGAUGAAAUCUGAUAACAGUAAUUGUGUAGAAGAGGUGGAAAACCUCAAAUCCCUGGUGUCCAACCUACGUCAGCUGCUGGACCUACAUCAGAAAUACAACUGCUCACUUUCCCUUUCGGUCUUUGAAAAGAAGACUGUGUGGAGUGUGGCAUUUUUCAUGCUGGACAAAGUGCCGGCUCCGGAGCUAAUCGCCGCCACAGUGGAAAACAGCAUCAGGCCGUACACUGAAGAACACAAGAUUCCUUUUGAUGAGCUACUUCUGCAAUACAUCAAGGAUUUGCUGGAUCGCUGCAGUUCUCAGACCACGACACUUUUCACUGAAUGGGAAGCUAAAGCAGUGGCCGUGCUCGGCUGCAUGACUGACACUGAUCUGAUGGUUGAUGCUGUGCUGGAGAUCAUGCAGAAGGCUGUGGUACCGUGGAGUAAUGUGGUGGAAAAACUGGUCCAGCAGUACCUAGAGAUGGAUGGACCAAAACAGGAGCUGUUAAAGGAGAGCUACCGUCUGAUGGAGAUUAGGAAACUUCUCAGGGGAUACGGCAUCCGCAACUUCAACCUGUCUAACAGCACCCAAAUUAUGACGCUGAUUAGAUACAUCCUCAAGCAAGACUUGCCAAUGUCCUUGGAAGACUCGUUGACGUUAGCUGAGGCGUACAAACUGCCAACAUCCCAGAUAAAUUACCUGUAUGUCAUCCACCUCAUAGGCCAAAGCAAGACUGAGGAAAUCUUGACUCUCCUGAAGAAGCUGCCCUCUGCAGAGGCAGAGUGUGUGAUUGAGCGUCUCACAUCGUGGGCCAGGAUGCAGCUGGAGGACAAAGAACACAUAUCUGAUGAGCACAAGAAACAUCAGAUGGUGAUAGCUCAGGUGAUGGUGGAGACUCUGAAAUACCUGCAUAUAAUCCAAAAACAUGAUGCUCUAAAAAGCGUCGAGUGUGAGAACAACCUCAUCAUGUUCAAGGCGAUCGCCCACCUGCAGGAGGACUUUGAUAUUUUUUUCACUCCCUCCAACUAUGAGGAUCCAAACAUUCGAAAACAGAUCCAGGAACAUCACAUCACAGCGUACGAAAACACCCGUGGGCGCUGUUCAUGUAAGGGGAAGGCCACGACAACUCCAGUUGUAGCAAACGAUCCAGAUGGCAAGACCAAGACGAUCUCCACAGAAGCUGGUUUGCGCCGUCUGGGGAGGCAGCUGCAGCGCACCGAGCAGGAGCUGUGGUCCGACUUGGCCUUGAGAGCUCUGAAAGUUGGCAAAGUUGACAAGGCGCUCAAGAUCCUGAGUGAGCUGUAUGAGCACCACUAUAACAGCAGCACAGGGAAGGUUUUGUUUACUGCUGCCAAGAUGUUAUGCCAUAUGCUGGAGGCGGAUGUCCCCAUGGUGCUUCCUGAUGACAUGGAUUUGCCAGCAGUGAUUCAUGAUCUGGCCUGUCAGGCUAUCACCGUGUGUCAUUCAGAUCUUCUCCUGGAUUGUUUGGAGCUUUGCAAAUGCACACGGUUUGCUAUGGAUGUCUAUCAUCAGUGUCAGUUAUCAGACAACUAUGGCUUUAUCGUCAAGGAUUUGACACCGGAGGCAGAAAAAGACCCACAGUCUCAGUGGAGUUUUCAAGAUGUCUUUAAUGAAGAUUGCAUUGUUCUGGACCCAGUGUCAGUGCUGCCUGUCCAGUAUGAGAUUACCAACUGCUUGCUACCUAUUUCUCAAGAUACCAGAUUGUACUCCCUGGACUGUUCCUGUCUGUCACACUGCUCAUUUGAAGAUGGUUCAAACUACCUGCGGCCGCUCUUCGGUCCCCUGGCCAACAUGCUACAGAUGUUACAGGAGUGCAGUCAGCUGGAAUUGGCCCUCAGAGUGCUGGUCAACGCGUACGGCAGCUGCCUGCAGCACGUCACCUCAAACGUCAUGGAUAUAAAGCUGAGCCUACAGCUUUAUGACGCACAAGAGCUUAAGAAGUACAACCUGUGCCUGAACGAUCACAGGAAGACAACUACGUCUACUCUGAAUGCUGUGGCUGUGCCACUGUUGAACAAGGUGUUAAACUGGAGGGUGGUGGAUUGUGAUUUGGCUAUUGGUCUCUGUACACUCCUCUCCAAAGCAGAAGUCUUCAAAAUACUGUGGAAAGUUAUUGACAACACCUGGCAAAACUAUGACAAGAUUUUGGCUGUGGCGAGGAUUGGAGCAAAUCUCUGUAGUUUAUAUAAUGAGGCAGAAGAACAGAGGAGGUUUCUCUCUGUCAUCACUGAUGCUGAGUGGGGAAUCAAGCUUGGCAAAUUGGAGAUAUCAAUCCAGCCAGUGUUCCGUCAGCGGUCUGAGAUGAAGAGCACUCUGAUCCCUGUUUUAGUGAAAAACAAGAGAAUCACCCCAGACAUUAUCCUCCAGUACUGCAGCACCUACAAUCUGGACCAUGAUAGUGUAAUCAACCAGUACAUUACCACCUUACUGCUGCUCCAGGAGGAUGAGGAAGGUGCAGGUGAUCCAGCUGUCGGUCAGGAGGAGGCGCAACCUCUGUCUCACACUGACACGCUGGAUCGAGUCCUGCAGAUCAUCCCAAUGUUACACAACACCAGCAAGCUCACAGACAACCUCUGUGCUGCCAUAUUCAAGCUCAGCCCAUACAACUACGAGAGAAUAGAAGUGGUGCUGAAGAUCAUACAGGCUGCAGAUGAGAACGUGACCAGCCUCUCUGUGGGUCAGGCGAUGGGUCUCCUGCAGCAUCUGAAGUCCUACACGCGAGUCUCUCCUCCCACAGACGUGGAGAACACGCAUCUUCUCGAAACCGGUCUGCUGCCAAACCCCCUUUCCAGCAGCAGACUUCCCUUCCACCUGCUUAUGCAGACCAAGCAUUACUGGAAGAUUAUCUGUCCUGAGCUCAGCGAGGAGACCUUCCCCACACUUCUGCUGAUUAGCAAACUCAUGAAGGUGAGCCUUGACAAGCUCUACAUGUCAGCAGCAAACCAUGUCUUUGAGAAGAAAAUGAAGCCGUUAAUCUUAGAGCAAAGGAAAAUGGGUCAGGGGCAUUGUCAAAACAAGGAGACUUUCAAGGUGGCGAAGACUAUGAUGAAGUACAUCAAAUGUAUCCAAAGCCCGGAGUGGGCUGCUGCCACGGCCCACAAGAUAACCCAGGAGCUUCCGCCAGGCUAUGAGAAGACACAGUCACUCAGGUUCUGUUUGGCACUUGGAGACACUUGGUUAAAGGAUCCACACCUUGAUGAGGUAGCACGGGCCAGAGGAGACACCUUUCUGUCCAAGCUGAAGCUACAGUUUCAGCGCUCAGCCACUGAGAAUACUUUAAUAUCCAGUCAGCUGAACAGCCCAGAGCUGAUGAAGCUGUCUGGGCUGCCAGGCAGGCUCAUAAUGGCCCUUUACGAGCACAGCAGUGUGGAACAGCGUUACAAAGAGUCAGGAGGUCAGACGUAUCCAGAUAUACAUGGUGCAGUUAAAGAAAUAGCCACAGUCAAUAAUGUGGAUCUUCUAAAAAUCCGUACCAUGUUGUUAGAAAAAUGGAUCUGCAAGACGGGCCCGGCUGUGGUCAAGGAUAUUGGGUAUAGUGACUGUGUCAGCAACAUUGAGGAGGACCCAGACUUGAUGAGGGUGGUGUACAUGCUGGAGUCCUGCUCGAUGCAAGAUGCCGUCCGUCAUCUGAGCCCUAUCUUAACUGCAGAAACUUGGCCGCUUAGCACAUCUGGGCCUCGUCUGACCUUCUGCCAUCGGACUCGAGCGCUACUCUGUCUCGUCCGCCUCGCUGAUGCACCCAUUCUGGAGGCUCAGCUGCAAAUCCCCAUCACCAAAAUCCCAUAUUACCUGAAGUGUUACAUCUUUGUCUCACAACUGGAAGCAUUAAACAUCCCGUACACAGUUCAGUCCUUCCUCAGUAGUCCCAAAGAGGGUUUAGUUAAAGGGCUUUGGAAGAACCACAGUCAUGAGCCUCAGGCUGUGCGGUUGGUGGCAGACCUGUGCCUGGAGUACCAGAUUUACGACCCUCAGCUGUGGAACAACCUGCUUCAGAAGCUGCUCGGCUUCAACCUGAUCAGCCACCUCCAGAAGGUAUUGGAGGCAAUAGUGGCUGUUCCGGCUUUGUGGGAGAUUUCAAGUUUCUCACGGACCUGGAGGAGCAUGAUACUGGCACCUUUUGUCUCAGCUUCUGUUCCUCUGAGUCCAGAUCAGCAGGCGAUGCUCUACAGGACAUUUGUUCUCCUCCUCAAGUGCCCAUUUCUGUUGAAUCUGGAUUUGAUCGGAAUUGCCAAUCGCUUUGCACAGUUCAAUCUGCCAGCCUUCGCCCUGGGAACGCUCCUUCUAAUUCCCUGUGCUAGUAAGAAGGAGCAGCAGGUCCAGGGUUUCCUGUCUGUCUGCAACCCGCUCGCCGUGCUCGAGCAGGUGGACGAGCUUAUGAACACCGGGGAACUCGCUGGUAUUCCUUCACAGGUCAGGGAGACUGUGUUAACUUUCAUCAGCCAGAAUGGACAGCAUCAGAAACUGCUGAAGACGAAACACUUCAGCCAUCUGAAGCAGCUCAUAGUGUCGAGUGGGCAGCCUAACCAAGUGAAAGAUUUGGUGGACUAUCUGAUCAGCCAGAACUGCCAUGAUGAUGCUGAAUCACUCGCUCGUGAGUACAUGAAACACAGAGAGCGUCAGCGAGGGAAAACCCUGACAAAUGGCUCGUUGUCAUCCAGCUGCCUGAAGGACUUUCUUAACAUGCAACACGGAGUAUUGAGAUGAACCAGCACUAUUGCUUCAGCCGUGUUUAUAUAAUCCUCCUUGGUCUGCUUUAGGCUGAGAUGCAGUAUUUGCACUUCACAUUUAUCUUUCAGCUGUAAUAUUUGAAUAAACUAUUCAUUUAUGAAAA